AUGAGCUGUGUCGGAGACAGCGACCUGAUUCAGCAAAUCCAAACUCUCGAGGUUCAGUUUCUGAAGGCCAUUGCUGCGGGAGCUGAUGCAUGCGCUGUUUUUUCUACUCACCUUGAGUCGAUUCUUCUUCAAGCCCAGCAAUCUAUUCUCGACGGGCGUGCGUCCGCAGCUCUAAUCCAAAUACUCGCAAACGCUACCCGUCCCCUCAGCACGAUAUGCUCGACAUUCAUGCGAUUCGAGCACGAGGGUACAGAGGCAUCAUCAAGGCAAGCCAACACAAUCCAAGAGAUAUUCACAAAGGCUGUCCGGCGCCGCCACAAGCGUUCGGCCCGGUCUCAUAAGUCGAAAGCCGGGAAAUCCGGGAAAGUACGGCAGUCGGGCAAAAAGUCGAAGCGCGGUCCCAAGUCCCCUGCCGGCAACCCGAAGCGCCGGGUGUACACCGAAGCCAACAGGCCGACACCAGUCGGCGAAAAGCCAGGGCCGUCGAACGAAAACGGCAAGAAGCUCCGGGUUGUUACCGCUCCUCCUACUGACUCCAUGAAGUUUGGCGCUUGCCGAGACUUCUUUCUAUCCCACCUUGGUGACCCGUACCCAACAACCGUACAGAAACAUCAGAUCUUGAAGCAGUCCUCUCCCGACUUCACCCUUCGCUCUCUCAACCUCUGGUUCGUCAACAUCCGCCGCCGGUCCAAAUGGAUGGACAUAUACAAGCACCGUGCCGGAUCCAAGCGUGAGAUCAUGCGGGACCUCGUUGCCCGUGUCGAGGCCCAGGUCGCCGGCCGACCUCCGCCGAACCCACUUCCGAGCGGGGCUGCGCCACCGGGCUGCAAGGUAGACCAGUCGAUCGUGGAGGAGGUGAUGGCGAUGCGGGCGGUGGUGGACAUGGUGUCGCGGGAGGUGUACGGUGAAGGGUGGGACCAGAUUCUGCAGAUCAAGCCGUGGACGGAAGAGGAGGUGCGAGCGCAUGAAGAACGGAAGAAGGCGCAGAGACGAGAAGCACGCGCGAAUAAGAUGGACGGAGAAAAGAGAAAACAAGAACGCGAGGCGCGCAAAGAAGAGCGAAAGCGUGAUCGGGAAGAACGAAAGCGAAUUGAGCAGAACGCAGUUCAAGGCAUUCACGCUGCGCGUGAACUACACGAAAAAUUGCUGGCACUGAACAAGCGCAAACGAGACGAUGACGACGACGGCUCGCAGGAUAGCCCCAAACGUCGUAAGGAUCAGGAGGGAGAGAGUGAAAACGAUGCUUCUCAAAUGGCUAAGAUUCGAGUUCCUAAGGUAGACGAAAACGGAAAUCCUUUGUCCAAGAAAGAACGCAAAGCUCUUAAGAAGGCUAUGCUCGCUGCCCAAGCCAACCCUCUGAAGCGAAAGUCGCCCGGAUUUGGCGAAGAUACUAAUUAUCCUGGCGGAUCGGGCGAGACGAGUGCUUUCCCCGAUGGUUUGUCACCCAGUAAGCGUCGUCGCCGUGAUGCAGCCACCUUUGAAGGGUUCCCCGGUGCUGGAGAAAACACUGAUGGUGCUGCAAUGACCGACUUGUCCCAACUAUUUUCCAUCCAAUGGGCGUCGCCUACGACUUCUACCACACAAUUGCCGCCCAGCGAAAAUAGUCCUACUCCCGUACCGGCUCCCGCACAGGAUUCUGAAUUUGGCGAGUUUGCGCCCCCAUCCGGGUCCCAGGAUGUGCCGAUGCCAGCUGCAUCAACGAGUCUCGGACUUCCUAUUGAAGUCCCGGGCGAGCAACCUCGUAGAUAUUCCCAGCAACUAGCCGAAUAUGCGCUUCAAAGUGGUAUGUUUGGUGGCGACAACUUCGAAUUAUUUACCGAAGAUACCUUCCCGGCGAUGUCCGUCGAUCUGAAUCAAGAGACUAACAUGACGCCGUUCCUGCAUACUAGCGUCGCGAACCAUCAACCCGGUUCGUCCAUGAACCAGACUCCGCUUCAGACCGAGCCUCAUACCCCUAUUCCAAACUUGGCUACUCCGAUCGAACCCCAAGUUUACAACAAUUUUGCUGCCCCCCAACAUCCUCCACUUUCGCCAUACUCAUCCGCUAGCACUGUUACACCGACUGGGGAUGGCGACUCUGAUAUGUCCUGGCUAAACGCUGCGCUCGCACAACUUCCGAGCGAACAUGACGCGCAACAUCAUCAAUUCAAUGUGCCUGGUUCUCAAGAUAGCUCUGGUUUCAAUGCAGAUUACGCCGGGAAUCAAGGCGCAUAUAGUCAUCCCAUAUACGCCGUGCCCACAGAAUCGAGAGCUCCCGUUUCUCAUCAACGAACUUCGAUGGGGUACGUCACACCCCAGCCACAUCCGUCCCAGCCGCAGAAUGAUAUGCGUCCUCAGCACGCUCGUACUCCUUCGAUCCCCCCGACACAGCCCCGGCGAUCAUUCCCUCACCCUCAAAGUCAUUCUCCAGCUCCCAACUUCCCCCACCCUCAACCCCACCAGUCGCAAUCGCAAUCGCAGCCACAGUCACAGCCACAAUCGCAGCCCCGACGUCCGGGAGGUCUCUGGCAAACUCCCUAUUCUCAACCAGUGCAAUCUCAACCUCCGCCUCAACCGCAACCGCAAUCUCAGCAAUACCAUCAUCCAUCAACACCGUCUUUCCCUUCGCCUUCUCCACCGCCUUCUCGUUCUUUCCCUGCCCAAGCGCACCAUCACUACGACCCGAGCCAUGAGCGGCGCAACGCAUACAUCCACCAUUCCACUUCACCUUCUUCGCAAGAAUAUCACCACACACCCGUAUUCCCUCAAUCUCAACCCCAACCAGUUCAGUACGCACCCGCGCCAAACCACGCGCCCACAGCGGCCCCAGUACCAGACGCUGCUUCGAUCCUCAGGCAACACGAACUCGAGUUUACGCGCACCCAAGAGGAAAUGAGAGAACGCUUCAAGCGUGAACAAGAGGAGCAUUUCAAACAGUUUUUGCUUGCGCAAGAAAAGCUGAAAAAGCAGCUGUUGCCCGAGGGCGGUCGGUCGUGA